AUGUCCGAGUCACACUCCGGGCCGGUGUCAUUGGCGCGAUACCGUCCUAUCCUGUACCUUUUUACCGGCGUAGCAGCUGCCUAUGCUCUGCUAUACAUACAUAACAAUGUUGUCUCGCCACAGUCAUCAGAAGCCUCACUCCGCCGUCGCAACGCCGUCCGCCGCACUCGUCGAUCCGAAGCCGAAGAACUGUCAGAAACCCCGUCUUACCGUGCGAUAACCCACCUCGAGCAAUUAGAGCGUCAGAAUGGCGUCUACGGAACAUUUCGCAUCGAGACAGAAGAUGGACGCCGAGUGGAAAGUGGUCUUCUGCCGUCGUUGCUGGCAACACGCGACCAGCUAAUGGAGGAGGUGGGUGUUCCUCCAGCUCAUGCGGAGCGCAUGCGUGAAAUGAUGGAGGACACCUUCCUCGAAUCUUUUUUGGCUUUGGAUUUUCCUGCCUCACACACCCUCCCGGAGGACACUCCUGAACGAAACUACUUAACAGAACAGCUUCAACGUCGGGGAAUCUCAAGGGCUGGAAUUGAAAGAGCGCUCAUCCGCUUCAAUGGCGAUGAGAAUUACGGCGAUCAGUUGCGCCAACGCAGACAAAACGGCGAGCGUGUCACCCUCUCAACCUCGACUUUCCCUGACGUGGCUGCACCAUCCGAAAAUCCCGAGGCUGCAGAAGCACCAGCCGAUGACCAGAGUGUCUUUUCGUGGCGCGACGGCAAUAAUGACGCAUCACCUACCCGUGAAGGCCAGAAUCUGCUCAACUUAUUAUACCAUAUUGCGGAGGAUCAGGCGCGCAGAGAUGGCUACAUUCAUCGUGGUGUGACCUGCAACAGUUGCGGUGCCAUGCCCAUUCAGGGUAUCCGGUAUCGAUGUGCGAACUGCAUUGAUUACGAUCUCUGUGAGACAUGUGAGGCAAUGCAGGUGCAUAUCAAAACCCAUCUCUUCUACAAAGUCCGGAUCCCAGCUCCGUUCCUAGGAAAUCCUCGCCAGUCCCAGCCAGUCUGGUACCCUGGCAAGCCCGCCAUGCUACCUCGGAGCCUCCCGCGACCACUUGCUAAGCGCUUGAUGAGAGAAACCAGCUUCGAGAACACUGAGCUAGAUGCACUUUGGGAUCAAUUCCGCUGUCUUGCAAACUAUGAAUGGGCUGACGAUCCGAAUAAGCUCUAUAUGGCGAUCGAUCGCAAGACCUUCGAUCGAUGCUUUGUACCCAACACGUCUAUUCGACCCCCUCCUCCAAGUCUCAUUUAUGACCGCAUGUUUGCCUUCUAUGAUACUAACAAUGACAACCUGAUCGGAUUCGAAGAAUUCCUGAAGGGUCUGGCUAGCCUCAAUAACAAAAGCAACGAAGAAAGACUACGCCGUGUGUUCCGCGGAUAUGAUAUCGACGGAGAUGGCUACAUCGAGAGGAAGGAUUUCCUUCGCGUCUUCCGGGCCUACUAUGCACUCAGUCGCGAGCUCACUCGCGAUAUGGUUGCCGGAAUGGAAGACGAUUUUCUGGAAGGAGGAGCGCGCGAUGUUGUCCUCGGCAGCCAGCCGAUCAGCUCUGCAUUCCCGGGCAACAUCCCAUCAGGCGAAGCCUCGCGUAUUGGCGAAGGCAAGCGACCUAACCUGGAAGGCGACAUGGAGCUGGUAGAUCAUGGAGGCAUCUUGCGACAGGAUGGUAAUGAUGUAGGCGACCGCCACUUGGUUAUUGGUGAUUCAGCCGUGAGAGAUCAAUUUGGUCGGACAAGACCGAUGUUCCCAUCAACUCUACGUCUCCCAGCAACAGUUUCAGAUUCUCAUCGGCCCAACCCGGCCCCACCCGGAGAGGAGGAAGAUGGCGACAAUAAUGAGGACGAUGAUGUUGACGACGACGACGACGAUGACGAAGAGGAGGAGGAGGAAGAUGACGAUGAUGACGACGAUGGUACCGAGUCCGACGCAUCUGGCUCAUCGGCAGGUAGUGGUGGCUGGCCGCCAGCCGAGCACCUCCUCGAAGACGACAUUAUUCACGCCCUCGGAACGUAUGUGCCCCCCCAGGAAAUUACCGACCCGAUCGAUAGAGCCCGAGUGGUGACAACGAUUUACCGCAGGAUGCGUGACGACGAUAGAAGACGGCUUGACGAAGCCCGGCGAAAUGGCAUUGACGAACGUUGGCGACGAAGAGCCUUCUACACCGAUGAAGAGGAUGGUGCUACCAUUCCCGAUGGCUACCAGAAAGACCCGAAUUUUGACGACCUCUCCGAUGAUAACGAUUCCGGGGAUGUUUCUCGAGAAGUGUCACGCCCACCUUCCCCACGCUCGCGAUCCUCUUCCAAGGUCCGGUUCCAGGAUGACAUUACAGAUGAUUAUGAUAUUCGAUCUAACCCUUCAACCUCCUCCCGGAGUAUCCCAGUCGGUGAGCGAUGGGGCGGCUUUGAGAUCCCAGAGGUUGAAAAGGAUGUCGGCAAAGAAAUUCUUUACCAAGUUACCCAACAAGGCUUCAACGAACUCCUUGAUAUUUUGUUUAAGCAAAAGGAGGACCUCUUGAUGGAAGUCUGGCGUACCCGUACAGACCGCAAAGUCUGGUCGCAUGAGAUCGAUCUCAUGCAGCAUACUGGACCACCACCAGAGCCUCUCAAGGAACAAGACAGAAUGCCCAGGGACGAAGAAGAGCUCGAGGAAAUGACUAAAGAUCAACCUCUUGACGAUCUUCUCGAGAGUGCUGGAUACUCAGUGGUACAAAGCCCUGCUUUGGAACCUACCAACCCUGUUCUUGCCCCUCCUCUGCCCGACUCUAUGUCACAAGAUGACGAUGUCCGACCCGUGCACCUUUCCAAUCCCGAAGACGACGACAGACUUGGGGACCACUCUUUCGAUCAAAUGGACGAUGAAGACGUGACGGACAGCAGUUCACUCGCUUCCUACGAACUGGAAGAACAAAUCUUGAACACAGGGGCAAUCUCCUUCGAAGAAGAAUCCUCAGACGAAGAACCGGAGUCCUUCACCGUGGAAUCUGACAACUAUGACCCCACACUCCCGCAAUUCCGCCCUGAUGUUGACGACAGCGCAUGCUAUGCAUCCCCUCGCAGCACAGCAGCCUCCGAUCUCCCAGAUCGCCUCCGCCUCGAACCAAACGGCACAACCUCCCUUCCAGCCCCUCCAUCCCCACAAGCUUCCCCACAAGCAGAAGCAGUCGCGCCAAAACUCCCUCCCUCCCCAAUGCAACCUUUACCACCACCAUCAAAAUCCAUCCAACACGCAGCAGCGCAGGAGAAUAUCACACCCAGGCGCCCCUCCAAUCGUACCCUUAUCCGAUGGGCCUAUCUGAAUCAGGUUGAGCGAGAUGCGAAAGAGCGCGGUGGAAGCGGAGCAAGACUCGAUUUCGAUGAAUUCUCGCGCCGUAUGGCUGCAGACAAGGGACGCCGGUUGGCCUUUGUCGCCAGUUGGAUCGAAAUGGCGAGUUUCUAG